AUGGAUGUUUCAGCUCCCACCUUUCUGGCUAGAUUGCCGCGACCUAGCAGGCCAGAUGGAAUCUAUUUUGGGGCGGUUCACGGUUUGCGCAACGGGCUGAAAAAGCGGAGGAAAGAAAUUUGUGCAGCCGUUGAUGGCGACUCUGUCGGCCUUUAUGAGAUUGAGAAUGGCAAUAUCCUUGCUUCCUUCCCUGUGCCGCCUUCUUCACGUUUCCUGGGGCCACCGUGCUCAAUCCGCGAGAAAACGGAUGGACUAAACUCUCGGUGGACGUACUGCGCUAUAAAGAGGGACUCGCUACGAGUCGAGGCUUUUCAGACAUCAGGCGACGACUUAACACGCCCAACGUUCUUCGCGAGCGCACCCUUGCAACAUCAAGAUAGUCCUGUUACGCUUCUCGACGUUCAUCAGGGAAGCAGAGGCAAACAGGUCCUAACCGUGCAGCAAAAUGGCGAUAUCACAAUCUUCUCCGGAGACCUGCAGACUAUAUCAUCCGGGAUGUCACUGGUUUCACAGCACGAAAAGAGUAUCAGAGCCUUGGCUAUCCAGAAUGUCACACUUCCAGAGGCACAGAAAACCAUUUUAAAGCAAAGACCCGAUAUCGCUACUACUGUUGCGCCGGAUGCUUCAUGUCUAGCAGUUGCUUACGUUCAGAGUGUACAAGGCGGCGCUGUCGAUACCUGCUGCUAUGGCGUUUGGGCUAUCGACGCUGUUGAACAAAAACCUGCAUCUAGUGGGAGGUUUUUACAUCCAUUGUUCGAGCAUGAAAUCUCUUUGGGGGUAAACAGACCUAUUGUCCUCAAAGACAGCUCUUGCACAUUUGACCCGAGAGCGACACACCUCUCUGUACGCGCAGGACAUAAGUUCAUAUCAUACGACUUGACAGGCUUGGUACCGUCGUUGGCUUCAACAUUACACAUUGGGUCCAACGGUCCUCACGGCAUCAUGGCCAUCUCGCCAGCAUUUGCUAUUUGCUGGCGUGAUGAGUCUUUGCAGCUCUACGACCUCAAGUACCAGUCAGUGCAGGCUCAGAAGGAUACAAAGCAAGCUAAUCUCAAGCGCAAACUCAAUACUCCCCACGAAGGCGGUGGUCAUCUCGAAUUUGUGGCGUACUAUCCCCAACUGGCGCGGGUUAUUGGACGAAGACGCCAUCAGCUUGUGGCGAUUGAUAUUACUGCUAGUGGCUCGAGGCGGCUGCUCGAAAAGGGAAGCAAUCUUUUUCACAACAUCGGACGGGGGAUGAAUGGUCAAGACGUGACGUUAAAACAACCAGAGAAGAAACCAUCGUCAGGGCACGAUAAAUCGAUGGUGGUCUCCUUACCUAGCGCAGACUGGGAUUCCCUACGGCAACGUCUCGAUCAAUUAACCCUCUCUGGUGAUGUUGCCGGCUUCGAAACCGCUGUGGCCGAUCACAUUCGGAAAAGUCACUCCGUUGACGAAUUGCACAAAGCCGGUAUCACUGUUCCGGACUUCAAGGUUAAUUACUUAAUAUCCAAGAUUUUCCAUACAACCGUCGGCUCCAACGCUACCCACAACGCCCGAAGUACCACUCAAAAGCGCGUGCAGAUUCAGUUCUACUCGCCCAGACUUAUCUCAUGGAUCUCGAGUCAAGGUUUGCUCUCCAGCCGACGUGUUGAAAGGGCACUUGAGAGCAUCUCAUUCGAUGCCGGCCAAAACCUAGGUGCCCAUGCCAUAGCGCAGGCGCUCCUCGAUGCGGAUCCAUCCUGUGACUUACUAAUCAGUUGCAUUGAGGACGGCUUUAGUCCGUAUGUGGAGGAACAAGCAGCUGUAGUUCAGCUGUUGAUUCAACGAGCUCUGGCCUCGUUGUCCGAAACAGCCACUGCAGAGGCGAAACCGCAAGCAAAGGACACAAUGGAUCUUGACUUAGUCUCUGAUACCCCAGAGAUCCAGGUGCAGUCGUUGUCCGCCACGUCCGCGGAGAACCCUUGGCUACCCAUCCCGGUGCAAGGAGCGUUGAUCGCGGCUCUGAACAGGUUCGGCACGGCGGCGGGCUCGACCAUAUCCACAAACCUGAAGGCCUUGCUCUCACAGAGAGAAGUCUUGGCCUUGAUUCAAUUCCUACGACAGCAGUUAUUCAAAGCUGGCCACACUCGAUCGCUUCAGAGCCUGCCAAUGACUGAGGAGAACCCGCGCACCGUCAGACUUGACGCCACGAUCAAGUUGUUGUCCGCUUGUGUCGACGCCAUGGGACCACUUGGAUUCUUUGCUGCUUUGGAUAACGAGGACUUCGUCGACACCCUCAUACCAGAGCUGGUUACCGAGGUCACGAAUACGAAGCAGAGCCUAGAUGACGUCGCAGAACUUCGAGGCAUUCUGCGUGAGGCUUUGCGCUUUCAGGAAAUUGUUCAAAAACAGCGGGCGGCUGGUGCGCGCACUCGGGCUCACACGGCAAGCAAUGCCUCUCAGCAGCGGCCUGGUGCUAUUGUGACCGUGUACUCGGAGGCUGUUGAGGGUGAAGAAAACCUUCAAGCAGGAUCCAUGCUGCCUCUCAGCUUGAAGGCUCAGGAUGUUGUCACUGCUGGGAAGAUCAGAAAGGGUGGAGGGCAGGUCAAGCCACGGAGUAUCCGACAGAAAAGGAUGUUAGAGAGGAGAGCCAAGGGCGGGUAUUCUUUCGAGCGACUAGUAUUGUGA